UGCCAUUAAAGCAUUUUUGUUGUUUUUAUUAUUUUUUGUUUGUUUUUAUUUUUGCACUGAAAUGUAGAAAAAAUAAGUGAUACUUUUUAUUGUAAAAUGUAUUUUUUUUAUAUAAUAUAGUUGGAUAUAAUACAACAUUUACUUUCGGGUUUGUGUCAAAAUCAAAUAUAAAGUUCGAUUUUUGUCCCUUUGUAGUAAAACGUUUGGGGGAAUCUGCACUGAGUGACAUCUCGAGACUAGAGAAUGACGUUUUCUGUGCAGGAUUGGAAAUCUCGCGUUUUCUCGCGAUAUGUGAUUGACGACUGCUGCAGAAUUCAAACUAGCCGUUUGAAAGUUCCCGAGCAGGAAAGCAGUUGGGGCAGGUCAUUCUUCAGAUAUAUUAUUGCUAUCACCAACUACCCUUUAAAUCUAAAGAUGUCAGAUCUUGAGGAUGAGAUUAAAGUGUUACGGCUGAGGUGCAGGAAGGAGAAGAGGCGCUUCAGAAGGCUGGACAGUAUGGACUUCAACUUUUGGAUGACAAAAUGGAUAUGCACAACAAAUUGGAGGAACAGCGAAUCGAGAUGUCCAAUAUCAUUGAGACUCUGGAACAAGAGAAAUACUCUUUGGAAAGGGAAGUUGAGUUAAAGGCCCGCAUGUUGGAGAGUCUGCGAUCAGAAUUUGAACUUGUCAAAAACCAACAGAAACAUCAAAUGGAGCAGAAACAAACUCUGCUGGAGAGGAACCAUGCUCUUGAGCUCAGUGACUUAAAGAAUAAGAUGGAGAAAAUGAAGACAGAUUUAGAGGAGGCUCAACUUGCUGAGAAGCAGAUGAGACACAAGCUGGACCAGCAGUCUGAAGUACUAAACAGCAAAACCGAAGAACUGCGUGUUCUUACAGAACGUGCACAUGAAACAAUGUCCUCAGAGAUACUUGAGCUGCAAGUGCAGAAGAUGGAUAUGGAAUCAGCAAUGGCGUCUUUGGAGCAGGAGCUUCAGGAGGCACGAUACAAAGAAGAGCAGCUACAAUUGGCCAACACUACCCUCCAGAGGCAACUGGAGAGACUCACAGAAGAGAAGGAAGAGAGAGAGAAAGAGGCAGUGUCCUGCUAUAAUGCUUUAGAGAAAGCUCGUGAAGCCAACCAAGACCUUCAGAUCCAGCUGGAACAGGUGUUGCAGCAGGCACAAGAUCCAAACAGCAAAGGCAAUUCCUUGUUUUCUGAGGUAGAGGACAAGAGAGCAGAGAUGGAGCGGCAGCUGAACAGCAUGAAAAGACAGCAUGAGUCUCUACAAAAGCAGCAUGUUCUCACUAAACAGCAUAUGCAACGCAUGAAGAUGCAGAUAGCUACCCUUAUGCAGCUCCAGGGCAACAGGGCCGACCCAGCCCAGCUUGAACGAUUGCAAUUCAUGUUAUCUGACAAGAACAAUGAGAUAGAAGGCCUUAUGAUGAAAGUAAGAGAACUGGAGAAAGAGAAGAUGACUGUAAAAGACCAACAUCCACCUGCCCCAUCUAAAGAAGGCGAGCAUAUGGAUGAGACUUAUUACACAGACCUAUUAAAAAUGCAACUUUCAAAUUCAAAGAAGGAUGCAGAGAAACUAAAAGAUGAGUUAUCCAUGGCAAGAAUGAAGGCUCUCUCUGAAAGUCAGAGAGUGUUGGAGUUGGAGAGGAAACUCUAUGGCACUGAGCAAGCACUGAAACAAAGACACAGUGACAAUAUGAGGCUCCAAGUCAAGCUUGAAGAACUAAAGAUGAAAUACACACCUAAUGAGGUGAACAAAGCUCAAGUACAGAAACGCCGCCGGGAGAAGUUUCCUGUAGCAGUUCCAGAGGAAAAGUCAGCACCCAGCAAAGAGGAUACUGCAACCAUGGAUACUGAGCCAAACAAGGGCUUGUGUGAAAAUUCGGAGGAAAAAAGCCAGAGUCAUCCCAUUGAGAAACCAGUUGUGAUCCCGUUACAGUCUGCACAACCCACAGAACCCAACCCUGUCAUUCCCCGUGAGAGCAAGUCUGUUCGAAUCUGUGAGGAUCCCCCAGUCUGCAUUCCAGAUGCGCCCAGGUCUCCUGUAAGUGACUCCAAUAGCAAGAAAGAGGAUCAAACUCAUCAUAGCAGUGAAGAGGAGGAGAACUGGAGAACUGAAAAGAAGAGGAAAAAGUACCAACAACCCACACAUGUUAACUCAGAAAAAACCAUGGCAAACGAAUGUGCUCAACAGUAGUUCGGCUAAUGCAAAAUGUGAAUCAUUUGUCAUAGUUAAAAAAAAACAAACAAACAAAAAAAACAAUAUAUUGUAUAAAUAUUUUAGCAGGUUUGUAAUUUACACAAUUAAUUGAUUGAUUUGACUUGUCCUGUCUAUGCACAUAAUUUGUAGCACAUUUUAUAAUUUUUUCACAUUUAUUAAUACCUCUGUAAUAUAAUUAACUAAUGAAUAAAAAAUGAAUUAAUGCAGUCUUAAUGCAUUAUCUUGUUUACUGUAUAUGUUGUAAUGAACUUCCUGUGUACCAUUAUUUACAUGUUCUAUAAUGGUUUAUAGACAUAUACAUACUUAUAAACAUUUGGAAAAAUAAAGCCAGAUUGUGAUGGUCAUCAGUUUUGGUUUUUCUUUUUGAGAGAUCAUAAUUGAUGAACAGUAUAUAAGCCAUUGUGUUAUUGUUUAUUACUUAGUAAUAUUUGCCGUUUCUCAAGUUCUUCUGCAGUUGUACUUUGUGCAAAAUGGUUUAUCAUUAGUUUAUCCUUAUCAUUUAAUUUUAUUUGCCUUAUUUGUGGUCUUGGAACUAAAAGUUUUUAUAGAUUUUUAUUAUGUUUGAGUAAUCCACAUAUACGUAAUCAACAGGUAGUUUACAUUACAGUUCUAGAAUUGUGUCCUGUGUUAAGAGUCAAAUAUAAAAAUAUUUUAAACAAUAUUUUUCCAUUAAAAAAAUAAUUGUGGAUGCAGCUUUUAUGACCUUUUAUGAAUUUUCAAAACCUUGAUGAAUAAAAAAUGGCACGUUUGUUAGAGAUCGA